AGGCGGCUAAGGCAAUGCAAGGAACUCUCAGAAGGUUCUAGCAUGGUGGGCCACACUAAGGAGCUAUGGCAGUGUGUGGCAAGGAAUACACCAGCGGAUGGAAAUAUCCCACGAUUCUUCUCUGCCUCUUUGGAUUUUUUGCUGAUAUGAGAGCUGUGGAUCCAUUUACUGCCCAAUAUUUUACAGGAUCAUAUCACAAUCUGACAGUUGAGCAGGUGAAAAACUCUGUGCUCCCAGUAUGGACCUACAGUUACAUAGCGUUACUGAUCCCAGUGUUCCUGCUAACGGAUUACCUGCGUUACAAGCCAAUCAUAGUCCUCCAGGCUCUGGGAUUAAGCAUCUCCAUGCUUCUAAUGCUGAUUACUCGUGGCGAAGCAGCUAUGCAAGGGAUGGAGUUUGCCUAUGCCAUUUUUAGCUCCUGUGACGUGGCCUAUUAUUCUUAUAUCUACAGUAUGGUGGACAUAGUCUAUUAUCAGAGGGUUACCAGUUACUGUCGGAGCAUCACAUUGGUGGCUGCCACCCUUGGUGCCUUGCUUCAACAGAUCCUAAUGUCAUUUGCUGGCGUGUCCUAUUUCUAUCUCAAUAUACUGACUCUGACAUCAGCACUAGUGAGUCUUGUGUGCUCUAUGUUCCUCCCCGUGCCCAGUAGGAGCAUGUUCUUUCACAAAAAGAUGCCAGGAGACACAAUAUUAUCUAAACAGGCAAGAUCUCCUAAAAUGGAGACAACUGAAGAUACCAACAUGCUAAAGGGAUGUGAGGCUGAGAGAGCAAGUAAUACAAACUUCUUCAAUGUGAUUUGGCUUCUGUGUAAAGAAGUGAAAGAGUGUUACUGGUCCAGAAAGAUCUUGUACUGGUCUUUAUGGUGGGCAUUUGCUACACCUAUAUACAAUCUACUGGUAAACUAUUCUCAGCUACUGUGGGUUUAUGUGGAACCUUCUGGAAAGAUAAAUGCAUACAAUUCAGCAGUUGAUGCUGCAUCUACAUUUCUAGGUGCUAUAUUGUCUAUGGGGGCUGGAUUUGUGAAGGUCGAUUGUGAGCUGUUUGGGGAAGCGGCUCUUACCUGUCUCUCCAUUAUUGAUGCUGGAGUCCUUUUGUUUAUGGGUUUCAGCAGGACUGUCUGGAUCAGCUACGCCGGAUACUUAAUAUUCAAAUCCUCCUAUAUGCUCCUCAUCACCAUUGCCACAUUCAACAUUGCUGUUAAUCUGAGCAUGGAACGUUACGCUCUACUUUUUGGCUUCAACACAUUAGUUGCGUUGUUUAUUCAGACCCUCCUGACUGUGGUUGUGGAUCACCGCCGGCUUGGACUGGACCUUAUCACUCAGUUCUUGGUGUACGGAAGCUACUUUUCUGUUGUGGCAGUGAUGUUCAUGUUGUGGACCACAUACCUGCUCAUGUCCCACUACUGCAAGAGCCCAGGCAGUGACCUACACAGUACAAUCACGGCCAUGUCCCAGGGUUACGGACUAAACUCCCCUACAGCUGGCAGUGGUGCAUCACACAAGGUUUCCGACGAACCCUCUGUUGGUCAAUAAGCCGAUCUCUGAGAGACAUCAGAAAAGGGGAGAUACAAAAUCUAAUAGUUGUAUCUAAAGGAAGGUUGUUGUAACUGAAACACUGAGCUUACAAUAAAGGCAAUUCAGUGCUAAUCUAUAUAUAUUUGUAUACUAUGUAUAUGAAAGAAACUCUAAUUAAUGGGCCUAUUUAUCAAUUUGGAGUUUGUGAAUUUCAGUUGUUUUUUCUAAAUCGAAUAACCUUGGAUAUCGAAUGCUCACUUACUUAUUAAUGUGGUAAAUUUGUUUGUUUGAAUAAAAAAAACUUGAAUACCUUGAAUUUUUAAGUUAACAAACUUAAAAAUUGAACGGAAUUCAACUGAAUUGAAAAUA